AUGACCCUGAGCCAAGCCACGAACAAGGACAAAACCCUGCCGGGUCGCGGGGAGUGUGGCCGGCCAGGCAUGCAGGGGAGGGUCAUGGGGGGCACGGAUGCCCCAGAGGGCAAGUGGCCUUGGCAGAUCAGCCUGCGCUUCGGGACCGCCCACAUCUGUGGCGGGUCCAUCAUCAAUCCAUACUGGAUCCUGACCGCUGCCCACUGCUUGGACGAGAGCAGGGACGCCAAGUCCUACAGCGUGUAUGCAGGCAUUGUGGACCUCUGGGUGCCUGGGAAAUACACCCAGCGGUUGGAGGUGCACAGGAUCAUCAUACACCCCACCUACAAGCGGGACCACCCCGUGGGGGGCGACGUUGCCCUGCUGCAGCUGAAAAAGAGCGUUGUGUACUCUGACGCCGUGCUUCCUGUCUGCCUGACAGGCCCCAAAUUGGACCUCAGCAACUUAACCUGCUGGGCCACCGGAUGGGGACUCAUAUCCCGAAAAGAAGAAACCACGUCAAAGCUGCAGCAGGUGCAGGUGCCUUUGAUCUCACCACAGAUGUGCCAGCAGAUCUUCAGCCACUCCUCACACAUUACGCCAGACAUGCUGUGUGCUGGGGACCUGCAGGAUUUCAAGACUGUGUGUGAGGUGCGCCCCCACUGCAGGGGCAAGAGCCCAGGCCUCUCCGAUGUCCUGUCUUCCCGUGGGACAGCACUGCAGACACUGCCCUCCAUCAACUUGGACUGGCACUCGUGA